AUGGAUAUGUUUGGUGCAGGAACUGAUACACCCUUACAGAUCCUAGAAUGGGCUAUGACAGAACUCUUGAGACAUCCUAAUGUGAUGCUCAAACUACAAGUUGAGGACAUGUUUGGUGCAGGAACUGAUACCACUCUUGCAGUCCUAGAAUGGGCUAUGACAAAACUCUUGAGGCACCCCAAUGUGAUGCAGAAACUACAAGUUGAGGUGAGAAGCAUGGCUAGGGACAAGACUCACAUAACUGAGGAGGAUUUGAGUGGCAUGUCUUACUUAAAAGCAGUGAUUAAAGAAAUUCUUAGAUUACAUCCUCCAUCUCCCAUAUUGAUUCCAAGGGAAUCCAUGCAAGACACCAAAGUGAUGGGCUAUGACAUUGCAAUUGGCACACAAGUACUAGUCAAUGCUUGGGCAAUUUCCGCACACCCUUCCUAUUGGGAUAAACCUCUGGAGUUUCAACCACAAAGAUUCUUGAGGAGUUGGAUAGAUAUCAAAGGACAUGAUUUGGAACUGGUUCCAUUUGGAGCAGGAAAAAGGGGUUGUCCAGGAAUAGUUUUUGCCAUGGUUGUGAAUGAGUUGGUGCUUGCAAACAUUGUGCACCAAUUUGAUUGGACUGUGCCUGGUGGAGUGGUGGGGGAACAAACACUUUGUAUGUCUGAAACUACUGGAUUAACUGUUCAUAGAAAAUUACCCCUUGUGGCUCUUGCAUCACCUUAUAUGUAA